AGUCCACCAUCGACUAAGAUCUAAUUCAAUCCAAGAACGAACAUCUUAUAAUUAAUGCUGUUCAGUGAGUGGAGCGUUACUACUAAUCAUCAUUCAUUUGCAAAGGCUCUGUAACGUUCGAUGGUGCGUGAUCGGAUAACGGAGUCGGACAAGACAAUAUUGUUCUACUUUCAGAUACGACACGCCGAGGCGCCUGUCGAAAUGUUGCUCGCAUGUCAUGUACCAUUUCAAGGUACUAAGUAGUGCUGACGUGAAUCAUUUUGCUUACCGGUGCAUGCGGGGAAACGAAAUGCCAAGGUCCAUAUGUAGGAUAUAAAGAUGGAACCAUGCGUCCCUUUCGUUUCAGACCGACUCUAUCCCUCUCACUCGAUCAGCCAGGCAUCAUGCGAGAUCUACCCGUCGAAAUUAUCAACAUUAUCGUCGAGAAUGUUUCCUCCACAACUGAUCUUCUCCAGUUACGCUGCUUAAACUGGACGUACCAAGAUCUCGUCACUCCCAUCAUAUUCAGCAAAAUUCACGUGAAAAAUAGCAUCAAGAGCGCGCAAAACUGCCAGCAGGUCAUCGGUGCCGCACACCUUGCCACCUAUGUUCGGGAACUCGUCUAUGAUUCCCGUAACGAUGGACGUUUCCAAUUUCCCCAUGACAACGUAGAUGUUGAGGAAAUGCCUGAAGUCGCUGAGCUUGAAGAAGCCUUGACUGAGGCCUUCUGCGCAAUCUCUGCGCUUCCCAGACUUGAAUGCCUCGUCGCGAAUUUCUGGCCAUCAUUUGUUUCCCAGUCAGGGAAGGAUGUUCGCGAGAGCCCAUUCUGGUUUACGAAUCGACAACUUACGGUCACCAAUGCCAUAUAUCACGGCAUGAAUACGUCUCGUUUGUCAUCUCUGUCUCUCAACAACGUUGUCAUGAUGCCUGCUUCAUGUUACGACUUCGUCUCUUCCCUUACGAACCCGCCCGUAUCCCAUCUAUCCUUUACCGUUGUGCCAAACGCUGAAAUCAGUGCCUGGUCUGGUUCUAAAGAUAUUAACGGAUCACUUGGCGCACUCCUGCCCCCUUCCAACGUCAUACUUAAAUCGCUUGUGUUGCGCAGCCCCCAGGGCCCAUACCACAGCCUCACUACCCAGCUUUCCUCGUUCCACUAUCCUGCGCUCGAAUCGCUCGUACUGGAAAAUAUCGUCUUUGAUCAGACGCCCUCCGCUGAUGGCAUUGAGGAGUUUGUCCUCCGUCACAAGAGUUCAUUGCGUCGACUGGAGCUGCGAUCAUGCGCAAGCCAUGUGGGAGCCCCAUUGUUUGAUGCCAGACCAUGGUCGAGCAUCUGGCAACGAUGGGCUGCUGAGCUCACUGGUUUGAGGGAGCUUGUGGUGGACGGCGACAGCGGAUAUGUCGUACUUGAUGCCGAGUGGGGCUACGUCACUUAUAAACCAGUCAGCGCUAUGACGGUUGAGAGUGACUCGUCGAGCUUGCAGACGUUCCAGGAUGCUCUAAUAGCCGCUAGUAAGGCUAUAGCAUGUUAAUGGUGGUAUCAUCGAUUUCAUUUGGGCAGUUCUACCUAUCUCUCCCACGUAUACCCCUUGUAAAGGACACAACCAUUGUAGUAAAUA